CCUUCCUUUCUCUUCCUCCUCCUCCUUUCCUAUGGCGCUGUGCGGGCUGCGGGUGCUGGAGCUGGCGGGCCUGGCCCCGGCUCCUCUCUGCGGCCUCCUCUUGGCCGACUUCGGGGCCCAAGUGGUGCGCGUGGACCGCUGCCCGCGCGCCUCCUCCUCGGCCACGGACGUGCAGGCCCGGGGAAAGCGCGCGCUGGCCGUGGACCUGAAGCAGCCUCGCGGCGCCGCUCUCCUCCGGAGGCUCUGCAGAAAGGCCGACGUCCUCAUCGAGCCCUUCCGCCCAGGUGUCAUGGAAAAACUGGGUCUUUCUCCAGAUCUCCUCCUUCAGGAUAACCCCAGACUCAUCUAUGCCAGGUUAACUGGAUUUGGCCAAGCAGGAAAAUACGCCCCAUUGGCAGGUCACGAUAUCAACUAUUUGGCGGUCUCAGGUGUUUUGUCAAGGCUGGGCAGAAAAGAUGAAAAUCCUUAUGCUCCAACCAAUGUUCUGGCUGAUUUUGCUGGUGGCGGUGUCAUGUGUGCAAUGGGCAUCCUUCUGGCACUCCAUGAACGCACUAAAUCUGGAAAAGGACAAGUCAUUGAUGCAAGUAUGGUAGAAGGUGCAGCAUACCUCAGCUCUUUUCUCUGGAAAGCACAAAAAAUAGGCCUUUGGGCCAGACCUCGUGGGGAGAACCUUCUGGACAGUGGAGCCCCUUUCUAUGAAACAUAUAAGACCUCGGAUGGGAAAUACAUGGCUGUCGGUGCUCUUGAACCACAAUUUUACAAGCAGUUCAUAAUUGGUCUGGGACUAGAUUCUCUUAAACUUCCACACCAGAUGAGUUUGUCUGACUGGCCUGAAAUGAAGAAGACCUUUGCCGAUGUGUUCUUGACAAAAACCCAAGCAGAGUGGUGUGCCAUCUUUGAUGGCAUCGAUGCCUGCGUGACGCCUGUUUUGACUACAGAUGAAGCUGCCUUCCAUCCACACAACAAAGAACGGGGUUCUUUCCUUGAAAACGAUCAGGGGGAGAUAAGCCCUCGACCUGCCCCUGUUCUUUCUAGGACCCCAGCUACCCCUUCUUUCAAAAGGGACCCAUUUAUAGGAGAGCACACCAAAGAGAUCCUCUUGGAACAUGACAUUUCCGAGGAAGAGAUUUCAGAGCUCCUCUCUCUUAAAGUUAUUGAAUGCGGCAACCCAAAAGCUAACCUGUAACUUAAAACUUUACCGAUCAAGAAUUUUCCACUGGCAGAUUGUAUUUUUUAUGCAAUUGAUGUUAUUUUCUUAGCAAAAAACAAACAUGAGAAAUGGGCAAUGUGUUUGAUUAAGACCUCUAAGGUGUCAGAAGUAUUACAUAAGUGUAACAAAAAAAUUGCUUUUUUGUUCACCCCUGAAUGAUUAUAUUUUUUUAAUUUCUCUUUCUCUGUGUGUAUUUUAAUUUAAGGACCUUUAUCUGCUUUUGUUCUUAGAAAGGAGGUGUUUGACAAAAUCUUUCACAAUGUGUUUCGAAGGCUUUCGUGCCCGGAAUCCCUGGGUUGCUAUGUGUUUUCAGGGCUGUAUGCCCAUGUUCCAGAAGCAUUCUCUCCUGACAUUUCACCCACAUCUAUGGCAGGCAACCUCAGAGGUUCAGGGGUCCGUUGGAAACUAGGCAAGUGAGGUUUAUAUAUCUGUGGAAUGUCCAGGGUGGAAGAAAGAAUGCUAAUCAAGGUGGCCAUUUGCAACAUUCACACUUGCCUCAAGCAGCCAAAAGUUCUCUCUCUCUGGACAUAUAUAAACCUCACUUGCCUAGUUUCCAACAGACCUCACAACCUCUGAGGAAAUAAUAAUAAUAAUAAUAAUAAUAAUAAUAAUACUUCAUUUAUACCCUGCUACCAUCUCCCCAAGGGACUCGGUGCGGCUUACAUGAGGCCAAGCCCACAGUACAUCAAUAACAAAAGCAAUAACAAAAUAAUCAAUGCAAUACAAUUAAUAUAAAUCACAUAGACAAAAAACAAUAAACAGUAACACACAAGCAUUUAAAAACAAUGUCUGGGCCAAAUGUAAUAAUUUAAAUUUUUUAAAAAAUGGAUGCCAAUGGAGGCCUGCCAUAGAUGUGGGUAAAAUAUCAGGAGAGAAUGCUUCAGCAACUCAAAUUUUACACAUCUUUUGCUAGGAGUGUGCAAAAGGAUCUUGAGAGUGCUUAUAAUUGUGGCAACUUUCCCAGUAUCCUCUAGCUAUUUUUUAUUUGAAAUAUAUUUUUCUCCUUUAUCUUGAGAAGCAUAAAUUUUGGGAUCCUGUCAGUAAUUGGGGGAUCCUGGCAAGUUGCUCUUCCAUUUCAUUCUCAUAUCCCAACCCCUCUAAAUUUAGAGGUUCAUUUCCCCCCUCUAAAUGUCUUGUGGCUCCCAUCAAGCCUCUAAGCUAAAAAGGUCCCAAAACGUUGGAAGCAAAAUGACAGUAGCAUCAUCUUGGAGGCUUGACUGGAAUAUUUGGGUAUUUGAAGGCAAAAAAUGAGGGUUGAGAACCCUAAUUUUUGGAUGGUACAAAACACAUGGAUCCACAAUUCUGGCCUUGGAGCCAUUUGAUUUAGGUUAUGAAAAAUAGAUCCAUAUGAUCCACGCAUGUUGAUUUGGGGAUGGUUCCAAGAACCAUUGAUUGCAUAUCAUCUGCUUGUUCUUAUGAUUACUUAUGUAGAAUCUUAGCUGUCUAUUAAUCUCAUGAAAGAAUUAUUAAUGCCAAAAGGAGGCAGUAUUUCUUGUUGCGUAAAAUGAUGAAUGACUGGGGAGACGCCACAUUAGUUAUGUGGUCAAUGCUGCUUUAAAAAUUUCCAAACCCUGAACGUGUUUAAUUACACACAUUUUUACGUCUUUGAUUACAAGACAGACCUUUAAACUGCUGCUGCUUCUUUCAACAACUUUAUUCAGUGUCAGUCUUCACCAACAUGGUUUUGGUGCACAGCUACCACCAGCCUUAUUUAAAUGGCCAAUGGGAGAAAUAAUGGAAAUCCAAAAUAUCUCCAGGGCACCAGGUUAGGUAAUGUUUACAGGAAAGCUGCUGUAAUAUCCCCACCGUCAUAUAUCUGUGGAGUAGAGGAGACUAUGCAUUUCACAUUGCUUGUUUUAUUGUCCUAUAAUAGAGAACAAGAGAACAUGAUGUACAAGCAUAAGAUGUUGAAGGGAUGUGAAUAUUGGUCCAUUCUCCUCCCCUCGAGCAAAGAAUAGCUACAUUAACAUUGGCCAUAUGGCACAAGAAUAUUGCAAAUAUUGAUGUGCUAGGUUGGGAUUUGGAUAAAUGGUUAUAUUCUUUACAUUUAUAAUUAAUGCCGAUCUCAGUGAAGGAGUUGUGUCUGACAAGUUUAGCCUUAUCUUUUUAAAAUUGUAAUGUUUAUUGUGUCAUUUGAUUAUAGCGUACAGCCUAAACAAACAAUGUUUAAAAAUGUAUUUGAAUGAUCUACUAAGAUACUAUAAUCUUUGUGUUUGUCAUUUAUGCUGUAAAGAGAAAUGGUUUUCAUAAAAUCUGUUAAUAUAAUUUUUAAAACUCACAAAUAAAAUAUAAACUCAU